UGUGAUGUUAGGUGAAUUUGUAGUCUCCUUUGUUUCCCAACCAUAGGACCUCAAAUGAUGUUUUGCCUUUCUUCUCUAAUAAUACAUAGCAUUGUUAUGAUAUGUUUGGAUAUCCUUGAGCUGCAAAUACUCUUCAGUUAUUCUUUGGCUGAACGAAUGGUUGGUUGUUAAAGUACAUACUUCACACGUUUAUCGUGCUGCUUAUUGCUAAAGAAUGUGAAUUGACUGCUUAUAUAAUUGCUAAAUGAUCCUAGUUUUGAUACGGAGGGACAUCUGUUGUUGUGUGAGUAAUCUAGCUUGUUAAUUUCCAAAAGUUUUCCAUGUUUAAGAUUGAAAGAUAUGAGGUUAUAACUUUUGUCAAGAAAAUUAGAUUAACAGAGUUGAUCAAUUGCUGAUAUCAAUUACAUGCAUUCAUGUAUAUACUGAUCUCUAACCAUACAUGCACCAUUAUAUUCACCAUGUGUUUGCGUGUGAAAGACCGUAGACAGACAAGCAUAGCGAGACCUCUCUACCCACUUCCUGGCAGAAGAAAUGAUAGAAAUAAACAGCCUUUACAAACAUUUCGAGCAUACAACAUUGCGCACCGAGGUUCAAAUGGAGAAAUUCCCGAAGAAACUGCAGCAGCAUACAUGAGAGCUAUUGAAGAGGGUACUGAUUUCAUUGAGACAGAUAUUUUAGCAUCUAAAGACGGUGCUCUUAUAUGCUUCCAUGAUGUCACCCUUGACGAUACAACUGAUAUAACAAAUCACAAGGAGUUUGCUAAUCGGAAGAGGACCUAUGAGGUUCAAGGGGUCAACACUACUGGAUUUUUUCUUGUUGAUUUCACCCUUGAUGAAUUGAAGCUUCUGCGAGUAAAGCAAAGAUAUCCUUUCAGAGAUCAGCAAUAUAAUGGAGAAUUUUCUAUUAUUACUUUUGAUGAGUUCAUCUCAAUUGCAUUGGAUGCCCAUAGAGUAGUUGGAAUAUAUCCAGAGAUAAAAAAUCCAGUCUUUAUCAACCAACAGGUUAAAUGGCCAGGCGGUAAGAGAUUUGAGGACAAGUUUGUUGAGACGCUGAAGAAGUAUGGAUACAGAGGUUCAUAUAUGUCGAAGCAAUGGUUAAAGCAGCCUGCAUUCAUUCAAUCUUUUGCUCCAACGUCACUAAUUUACAUAUCAAAUCAAACAGACCUGCCUAAGAUCUUCCUCAUUGAUGACGUGGAUAUGCCAACACAAGACACCAAUCAGGUUUUCGUUCCCCCGCACCUAGUUAGCACUUCAUAUUGGGAGAUUACUUCAGACAGUUAUCUCGACUUCAUCAAGGAAUAUGUGGUGGGGAUUGGGCCUUGGAAGGACAACAUAAUUCCUGUUUCUAGCAACUAUCUGCAAAUACCUUCUGAUCUCGUCGCAAGAGCACAUGCCCAUAAUCUACAGGUUCAUCCAUAUACUUUCCGGAAUGAGAACAAAUUCUUACACUUCAACUUCAGUGAAGAUCCAUACAAUGAGUAUGACUACUGGAUAAACAAGAUAGGCGUCGAUGGGCUCUUCACAGAUUUCACAGGCAGCCUUCACCAUUAUCAGGAAUGGACCAAUCCAUUUGCAUCUGGAGAAAAAGAAGCAACUAGACUUCUGCAUAAGAUUGAAUUGAUGCUCUCCAAGUUCAAAUACUUCAACUGAGAUCAAUUGCAUUUAACAUUGUCUUAUCAAGCCAAUGCUAUUUAUAGGUCUAUGUAUAUACCAUCUGGCUUUCCUUAUUUAUCAUUGCUAUUUAUUUGAAUCCCUGGGAAAUUUGAUAAAGUAAUUCGACUUGUUGCGUAUUACAUUACAAAGACGGAGGACUAUAUUUAUUUUAGUGGGAUGGAAAAAUAAAUUCAAUUUCAAGGUUGAAUCCCAAAUAAAUUGCUUUUCAAUCAA